AAGUGUUAAGCCUUUGUGGUGUGACGCUGUGAUUCAGUAGUCCGUGGGCUAUUGAUGUGUCGACAUUGGUGACAGGAAAGAAAACAAAAAUUCCAACGCUUGGCGGAAAGUGGAUAACGUAAACGAAGAUGUGCCGUUGGAAAAUUGCAGUGUUGCUGCUGUGCACACUGAUUACUUUGGCCGAAGCCGGACGUGUUAAACGUGUGGUUGGAGGUCAUGCCGCUAAAGCUCCGCCACCCGAUGAUCCCGUUGUGUUUACGCGAAUUUUUGAACGUGAUGCCCGCGUUGAGGGUUACCGUAACCCGCAUUCUAAAAUUUAUAGUUUUCUUGGUCUGUAUUAUGCUGAGCCGCCAACGGGACAAAAUCGUUAUGCCCGUCCGGUAUACAAGCGUUUGGUGGGUGAUGUGGAUGCAAAAAAACAUGGACCGCCAUGUAUACAACCGGAUCCAAAUAAUCCAAAUCGUGUUAUUGGUGAUGAGAAUUGUCUGUUGCUAAAUGUCUAUACUCCGCAAAUGCCGGAUGAAACAACGGGAUUGCCGGUCAUUGUAUGGAUCCAUCCAGGUGGUUUUCGUUUUGGUUCGGCAGCCCAGUACGAUGCUACUCCCAUUGCCCAAAAUGGCGUUAUUGUUGUGUGUCCCCAGUACCGUUUGGGAUCCCUGGGUAUUAUGGGCGAUGGGACGAAACAAUUUGAUGGCAAUCUGGCGAUUUUCGAUAUGGCAGCAGCCUUGCGUUGGGUCAAUGAUUACAUUUCUUAUUUCGGUGGCGAUCCUCGACAAAUCAAGGCCGUUGGCCAUGGUUCUGGAGCGGCAAGUGCCAUGUAUUUGUCGAUGUCGCGAUCGGCAAGAAGUGCAGGUGACAUCAGCGGUGUUGUGGCCAUGUCGGGCACUGCGCUCUCACAAUACGCCACCGAUAAGGAACCGGUGCAGAGUGUUCAGGAAGUGGCUGCGAUAAACGGCUGUUCGGCUGGCAAUGAAACUGAAAUUGUGAAAUGUUUGAGAAAGAAAAGAGCUGAAGAUAUCAUUGCCAAUGAUUCGAAAAUUCAAACUGAGCGUUUGGCCGGCCGGGCCAUGAUCAAGGGUUUGGGCGGCAGUGUGGGUUUCCAGCCACACAUUGAGAGUAUCAACGAUAGGAGAGCUCUGCCAAGCUUAAUUGAAGACCAGCCGGAGCAACAACUCAAGAGUGGAAAUUUUACACCCAUUCCCAUAUUGACGGGAGUGGUUAAACAUGAAACCGGCAAUGCCUUUACUUUGGAUAGAAUUAACAAUGUCUUCGGAACGGCAGAACAAUUUUUGGGCUCCUUGACGGACACCCUAAUGGAGUUGUCAUCAUUUUUGCGUAUAGAUUCCAUAACAGGUAAAAUUGCCAAACCCGCAUUGCCAGGAUUACCCAGCGAGUUGACACCCACACUGGAACAGGUUUUGAAGAUACCGAAAAGUUUAAAUAUCGAUGAAAUUGUAGAUAAGAUCACCGAAUCAACAACGGAUAUUUUAUUCAACCUACCAGCAGUGUUGACCACCCAGUCAUGGUCACAAAUUGCCCCAGCUUUUAUGUACAGCUUUGAAUACAAUGGCACCACAUCCAAGGGUCUUAACUUCCUACGCGGCCUACCCAUAGUGGGGGACAAAGUAAACUCCGACAACUCGGUGGUUGGUCAUGGCGAUGAGCUGGGCUACCUUUUCGACUGCAAUGACCUCUUUGGCAAUCCCCAACCCAAGACCCGCCUCAAUUCACCCGAAGACAUGAAGGUGCGCAAAAACCUCAUUGAUAUGUUAGUUCGCUUUACGAAAACCUUCAAGGAAGAUACCAAGCAAGGAGCCUUCACCGAUAACCUCUUUAAAAGUGUAACCGGAAAGGGUGUUCCAUUCCUUAAGGUUGACUCAAAUCUAGAAGCUUCAUCUGAUUUUCGAUUUUGUGAACUGUCUGUGCUAGGGGCAUCUUUGAGCCCCUUAACUUCGACCUCCUGCCAGGGCCUGAGCUCCAUCCUACAGGGUUUGACUGGUUCUUUGGAUGGCAUCAGCAAAAGUUUGGAGGGUGUUUUGGGCACCAAAGAAGGCUCUAGUAUAUUGGGUGGCGGCGGCGGAGGCGCUGGAGGUCUGGGGCUAUUGGGUGGUGGUGAGUCGAAUGAAUCCUCAAAUAAAAAUCCCUUAUCAAAUGUUUUCGGAUCAUCAUUGACCAGCGGUGAAACUACCAGUAACAAUAAUCCACCUCGUCGUGAUAGAACCACAAAUAGACCACUUGGUGGCCUUGGUCUCCUAGGAAAAUAAAAUGACAAAAGUUUUCCAUAAUAUA